UAGUAGUUGACAUGAAAAUAAAAAUGGUGUAGUAGUCUUAUUUAUAAUUAUAUUUUUAUUGUGUUUAUUUUGUAUUUUUAUUUAGUUUUAAAUAUAUUAUCUGUUAACAGUGACAAUUUAACAAUGUCUCGUGCAAAAUCCAAGCAUAACAAUAUGGAAAUAUGCGGUGACUGCGGAGCUCUAGAAGCCACUUGGGCCUCAGUGAAUAAAGGAAUAUUAUUAUGCACUCAGUGCUGCAGCAUCCACAGAAGUUUAGGAAGACACAUCUCUCAGGUCAAGUCUAUACCAAAAAGUACAUGGCAACCAAAUCAACUCAAUAUGGUUUAUGCAUUAAAUAAUAACGGUGCGAAUAACAUUUGGGAGAAUGCUUUACUUGAAAAUGGAGGAAAAUUAAUGAAAAAGAAGCCAAAUGCUAAAGAUCCCUUAAGUGUGAAGCAGGAAUACAUUAGACAAAAACAUCUUCAGUGCACAUAUGCAUUCAGAGAAAACUAUGAAGAUGGGCUGAUAAGUGUAGAAAAUGAGCUGGGAAAACAACUCCAUGCUAGUGUACGAACUCCAAACCUGGAAACAUCAUUUAGACUACUUGCUUUAGGAGCAGACCCCAACUAUUUUCAUGAUGAAAAGGGAUCUACUCCACUUCAUGUUGCUACUAAAUCUGAUCAGAAACUACAAGUGGAAUUAUUGUUAGUGUAUGGAGCUGAUCCAUCUUGCCCUGACAGUCAAGGAAAAACGCCUAUCGAUUAUGCGAGAGCCCUAACCAAUAAAGACUUAAUAAAUCGACUCACAGACAGCCAAUAUGAAGUCACUGAUACCUUCAGUUAUUACUUAUCACUUAGGAAGCCAGAUCACACAAAUGGAAUCCAUUUUUAUAUACCACAGACUGGAUUUAAAUCAAAUUCACAAUCACUGACCAAACUACAAAAGUUAAGCAAUCACGUUUUUGAAGAACUAGCUAUGGAUGUAUAUGAUGAAGUAGAUAGGAGGGAGACAGAAGCAAUUUGGCUCAGCUGUGCUGACACUACAGACCUUAAUGACGUCCCUUUUCUACCAGUCGACAACACGUUAUCUACUACACGAAACCAAGGAAGACAAAAACUGGCUAGAUUUUCGACUCCCGAGCUUAAAAGUUUGGUAUACGAUAUUUUAGUUGAUACGCAGAGACGACAGAUGGUAUCUGAUAAAAGUAAUAUCUCACAACUGCGGGAAGUGUCAACUGUAGACGAAGAUCCUCUGUAUGACUCUGUAGCUUCUGAUGAUGAUUAUGCUGUUAUUCCCGAUGAAGAGUCUCCAAGAUCAGACAAACCUCCGACCAGCAACAGCGACAAAGACAGUAUAGUAUCUCUAGAUAGUAUUAGCAAAACGAAUAAAGUCCUGGAACAGCUUACGAAGCAGCUGAAGAACUCUGAUAAUACCAUCACAGAUCUUCGAGCCGAAGUAAUGAAGUUGAGGCAGUGUGUAAAAGUGUUGCAAACGGAAAAUACGGAUCUUAGGAGUAGAUUGUCUGAAGGUAAAUUGACGUCCAGAACGAAUGGAGAUAGCGGAUUUGAUUCAUUGGAGUUUAUUUCAGAGGUUCAAGGAAGUGACGAGACAGUUAGUAAUGGUGUAUCUGCUGAUGAAAUAGAUUUUAGAAGAAGCAAGCGCAUUCAAAGACCAACUAGUAUGUACGAAACAAGAGAAGGAAUCGGGAAAGUGCCAAAUUGGCAAGCAAUGAAGAACCAAAUGAAACACGGUGACGCUAGAGGUACCCAAAGCCUUUAUUCAUCGCCACAGAACCGAGAGACGAUUUUAAAGUGUACCGAACAAAUCACAUGGACUAUUCAACAUUUGUGUAAAGCCAUUCAAGAACCCGAUAAAGAAGAAUGUGUGUCAAGUGCCGAAAAAGUUAAAGUGUCCGUGUGUAGGUUAGCUUCAUUCUUGCCAAAGGAACAAGAAGCAGAUCGACUGAAACUGAUGGUAGAGUUAGUGUCAAGACUUCAUCCCGAAUGCUCAGCCCUACAAACCUCCAAUCAGAAUAACGACACCAAAUCUCUUGAACUCCAUUUCGGAAAUAUCAGGGAAAUCGCCUUCCAUCUUGCCAAAUUUACUAAAGACAUAGUGACCAAAUAUUCUUCUAAUCACUAGCCCUUUAUUAUAUUUAUUUUUGAUUAGUACUGGUCGAGAUUUAAAUAUUUUUAUUCGUAUGACUAUUAGGCGAAAAAAAAACCAAGUAUUUUGUUUUAUAUUUUAUAUAAUAACGACUGCCAUAAGUGCCUAUCGUGUAAGUACUAAAUUUAAAUCUAAUACUGUUAACAAAAAAAAAGUAUUUAUUCUAUUUUUCAACGUACUCUAAAGCAUAGUGUGGUAGGUUUAGAACUUUUUUAAGGGGAAUCAGAGAAUAAUAACUACAGCAGCAUAAUUCAUCACACAUAUUUUGCAAUGGUUAAUAGAUCUGAGGUUCAAUUAAAUUUUUAUACCUGAAAAACUGCUUCAAAUUCAUCCCCAUUGUAAUCGAAAAUAUUUUCUCUUCAUAUAGAAUGAAUUUUUCAAUUUGAAAAAUAAUCAUCAAUAUCUGAGUGCGUGUAACUAUCGUAUCAUGCUACUACAACCAGAUGUACUACGAGGUUUAUUCCAAAAUUACCCAAUACUUAGCCUACAAAAAAUACAGUGCGCUGGAAUAAGUGUUACUGCCUCCCCCCUUAUCAACUUAUUUAUUUUUAGCACAUAAGCAAAACGCUCGGACAGGCCGAUUUUUAAAAUAAUCAUAGAUUAUAGCAUCAAUGUUUCGAACUUUACGCGAUCCCUCUUCAGAUGACAGUAAUAACUUUGAUUUUUUUAAAUGGGAAAAUAUAUCAUGUGACACCUCAUUUAAAAGCUUUUGCAAUACUGAUUACAAAAAUGUAUAAUACUUUUUAAGAUCGUAGGCGCAACAUUUCGGCCGAGUGCUUUUUAAAUCCAUUAAUUUUUUUCGAAUCCUGAGAAAACUAAUAAGUAUUUUUGAAAAAUUUAAACGCAGAAAGAAAGAUUACAGUAUUGCCGAGGGCUGAAAGUCCCGGAAAACUUCUAUAUCGAUGUUUAUUUUAGUAAGUUACAGGGGUGAAAAGGAAGAGAAAAUUAAGUGAGAUUUUUAAUUUCAAAUAUAUUAUUCAAAAGAAACUUUUUCUUUAUUCCAAGGGACUUUCGGCCCUCGCUAAUAAUGUAGUCUUUCAUUCUGCGUUUAAAUUUUUCAAAAAUACUUAUUAGUUUUCUCAGGAUUCGUAAAAAAUCAAAGUAUUUAAAAGGCAUUCGACGAAAUUUUGCGCAUGCGCUGUUAAAAAGUAUUAAAGUAGGUACAUAUUAUAGAUUUUUGUAAUCAGUAUUUCAAAAGCCAAGUAAAUGAGGUGUCACAUGAUGUACUUUCUCAUUUAAACAAAUCAAAGUUAUGACUGUCACCUGAAUAGGGAUCGUGUAAAGUUCGAAACAUAUAUGCUAAAAUAAAUAAGUUAAUAGGGGGAGUAACACUUAUUCCAACACACUGUAUAUGUUUCUUGUAUUUGAUAAAUUAUUAUUACUUGCUGUUUACAUCUGUUCUAUUUUUACUGUUAUUUAAACAAUAAUUGUUUCAUUGUAUUUAUUAUCAAUAUGAUAAAUUCUAUAAAAUUACAUUAUAUCAGUUGUACAACUUAUUCGUUAUUGUGUUGUUAACAAACGUGUUCGGUAUGAGGCACUAUUUAGCCUCCUAUUUGUCUUUUGGGGCCAUUUUAAUGUGUUGUGUGUAUUUACUAAUCGUAUUUUACUGUUUCUUGACCAUCCCAGUUAAAAUGUUAAUCUUUAACCGUUUUCGGUUGUAAGAAAUUAUGAGUACAAUGUUAAGAUACGUAGAUAGUCUUGUUUUAUUUAAAGAAAAUAAGGUAACUAUAUAGAAUGGGGGGCAUGAUAAAUAUGCGAAAUUUGUUUGAACUGAGCCGUAAAUAUAAGAAGAGACAAAAAUUUAAAUCUUUUUUAUGGCGGAACUUACUCUUUUUUACUUACAUAAACGAACUUGUUAUUUUCACAAGAAACUAUAUUUUGUAUAAUUGUGUCAACACUGCUAAUAUUUCUGUAGCUCGCAUAUUUGAGACAUUCCGUUGAUAAUGAAUUCUACUUCAGUAACUGAAGCAGAAUUCAUAAAUAUACAUUUUAAUUUGGUAAAUCAUGCCUCCUUAUUUUAUACCAGUACCCAAUAUAACGAUCGAAUACAAUAAUAAUGUUUUAUUCUCCAUAUAAAUCUUAUAUUGAUUAAGAUAACCUGUUGUUAACAAUUCGCAGUAGUUUGUUGGUUUUAAGAAGCCUGUACAUAAUAUUUUCGUGGUUGUCUCAAAUUUGUUCAUAAUUAUAUAGACACUUUACUUUUAAAAAAAUUGAAUUUAGACCAGUUUUAAGACUAUUGAAGUAUUGAACAAUUUUUGAUAAUGUCCUCUCUACCGUCUCUUUAAAUAAAUAUUAGUUUUACUUCUCCUUCACUCGGUUAUUAUAGCUAUAGAAUAGCCUGUAGGUUGUAUUACAAAGUUAUCACGGAAUUAUCAUUAAAAAUGUUCAGUUUAACAUCAAACACACUCUUUCGACUACUACCGUAAAAUGGGGUGAAUAGGAACGGUUUUCAACUUUAAACUGAAAAAAAUGGCAGUAACACAUGUUGCAAACAUAAAACUUAUGCAUUGUUAUUUGGGUAUUACUUUCCUGUUUUGAUAUUUAAAUGUUAAAAAAUUUUAAAGUUAAUACUUUAAUCACAAGAAAAAUCAAAACCUGGUGUUCCUAUUCACCCCACCAAGAGGGGUGAAUGGGAACACCUGUAAAAACUAUUGUCUUCCUAUUUGUACAUUUUUAGGGUCAAUAGAAAGAGGUAAAAAGUGUCUAAGGUGUAAAGUAACAUAAACAUAUAAAUAUAAAGUUUGUAUUGUUGGAAAAAUAUAUUGUUGAAAAGAAAAAUAUUUUUUAAACUCUGAUUUGGCAUUUUUCUCUGAAAGACUAUUUCUUUAAUAGUCUAAGAAACUUGUCUUUAGCUAUUGUGUAUUCAUUCCUGCCUGGUCCUGUUUUGUGUGUGUGUGUGUGUGUGUGUGUGUGUGUGUGUGUGUGUGUGUGUGUGUGUGUGUGUGUGUGUGUGUGUGUGUGUGGAGAGAAAGAGAUGGCAUUAGACAAAGAGUCUUUUUGCCACAGAAUUUUGUUAUAAAUAUGUUUAAAUUUUUAUCUUAGAAUCAUUUAUAAACUUAAGAUAUUAAAUAUAGAUUUGUCAGAAUAAGAUAAAACAUUGCUGAUGUUAACUGGAAGGCUAAUGUUAAGGUUGGUCCUGUUUUCCAUUCCUCAACUAUUUUGCGUCACAUAAUCUUCAUGGGUCUUGUUGCGUCUUGACAUACAUUUAAACUUUUUGGACAGCAGUUCUGAUGAUUGCAGAAAACCGUAUAAAUAUUUAUUUCAAAUUUACGGAAUCCACAUUUGGUCCUCCGAGCCGGAUGCUGAUAAUUAGUGCUCAUAAUAGUUGGAAAAAUUGUGCUCAUUAAUACCACGCGUGGUUGAGAACCCUGUUAGAAGUUUGUUUUGGAUUGGAGACAAUAGCUAACCGCUAGAAACACGUUUUGCAAGGUAUGGUUCUUUCUAUUCUCUUUGUUUUGAUCAAUAUAAUAUGUAUAAUUUGUCGUUAGAUGAGAUGUUGUUUCGUUUGGUCUUACUCUAUGGAGAUAUUAGAUAAAAAAAGUAAUUUCUAAUGUAUAGGGUGAAUGGCAACACGGUAAAUAUUAUGUUCCUAUUCACCCCACAUAUCUCAAAUUCAUGACGUGAACAGUAAUACUUAUUGUUAACAAAAAAAGUUAACAGAUAAAUCAAAAUACAAUCAUUUUAUAUCGUUAUAAAGGUUAGAAUAAACAAAAAAAAGAGUACUCUUCAAUCUAUUUUGACAGAGAUUUUGUACUUACUGAGAAAGUUUUUUAAGAUGAGAAAAACCUCAAAAUUAACGACUUUGUUUUCACGCCGAGAACAUAGGAACCAGUGACGCCAACAACACAAACCUAAAUUUCUUAACGCCAUAUCACGUUAGCCAACUUGAAAAAAAUUAAAUAGCCCAACGAAAGUAAUAUAUGUUUAGGAAGAUUAUUGUUAUUGGUUAGUGAAGUUUUGUUCCUAUUCACCCCAUUUUACGAUGCUUAAAAUGCUUAAAAUUUUGACAGAUGAUGUACGCUGGAUGACAGCUAAAGAACAAUUCUCUUUCCGGUAACGCCAUCUGUCGAAGCCUAGAGUAAUGUCAUACAUCUGUCGUAUAAAGAUUGUCACGCACGGGGAGCUAAACCACUAAACUAUAAUAUAUAUUAUAUAUUUAUUUGCGCAGCAUGCCCCGAACGUAUCCUAAACUUACC